GGAAGUGAUGAACCUGACAGUUUAAAGGCGAGACGCUGAAAACGGCGCUUAGACGCGCUUUAGCGCCACUUUAGCGCAGAUGGCUUUGAAGACGUGCUGUCGGCUGACCAGGCGCCUCGUGCGUGCUGUGGAGCAGGGAAGCGGAGCGCGAGCGCCGAGUUUACCGCGCCACCGUGCUGUUGCAAAGCAGAGCCAUUUGUUUUCCUGGAGGAGCCUCUGUUCAGCUGGCCCGCCGUCUUCCGUGGUGACUUAUGAAGAGUUGAAGAAGCUGCUAGGUGCCAAGUCCGGUGUGGUCAUAGAUGUACGAGAGCCCUGGGAGCUGAGAGAGUACGGGAAUAUCCCCGGGUCCAUUAAUGUCCCCUUGGGGCAGGUGAACGGUGCUCUGCAGCUCAAGCCAGAAGAGUUUAAGGAGAAGUAUGGAGGCGGCAUGCCAUCAACCACAGAAAAUGUGGUCUUCACCUGUCUUGCGGGAGCGAGGAGCAUCAAAGCUUUAGAAGCUGCUGUGUCCUUAGGAUACGCCAACGCUCAGCACUACCCUGGAGGAUGGCAAGAUUGGGCCAAGCAUGAAAUCCUGCAGACCAAAGAUUGACGUCCUCUUUACGGUGGCGCUGUGAUUAUGGGGGCGUUUUAUGUUAAAGGACAAAAAGAAUCUGGACAGGAAACGAGGAAGUGCGUAAAACGAGACAGAUCAAUACUACUGAUUGGUAUUUUGUUAGUUAUGGUAGAAUUUGAAAAAGAUUUUUGGGAAACUAAUGACGUCUCAGCUACAGCAGAACAGUUGGAAGGAGUUCGCCUGUUGUGGUGGUUUCAAAGUCAAAAACAGGUGAAAAAACAGGAGUUCCUGAAAUGUAAGUUAAAAAAAAAAAAUAGCACCUUACAACUACAGCUUCCCCUAAUCCUAACCCUAAACCACAGACUCACCUUCAGACAAACCGGUCUAAAGUUUUAAAUCUGGGAGACAAUCAAGCUCCACUACUACUCAGAUCUGGUUCCCAUCACCACCACUGUGAACAGCUCUCCCCCGGUUUAUCUAGAGCAAAGUUUCACAUCGAACGGAACUGGAUGACACUGGACGGCUCAACGGCUCCAGACCUAAUCUGUAUCUUUACAAUUCAUUACAUAAUCACUCUGACUUUUCUUUUUUUUUUUUUUUUUUUUUAAUUUGUUGGAAUUACACUUUAAGGCUAGGGUCAGUAGAGUGGUCAUAGACUAAACUUCCAGUUUCUGGUUUUAUGUUAAAGCUGAAUGUUGCUGUUACCUUUGAAAUGAAGUCGUUGGUGCUCCUCUGCGUGGUGGUGUUUUUGAGGUGCACUGUGUGAACACUCCAGUACUGCUUCAUGAGUUAUUGGAAAUGAUUAGUGUAAACGAUGAUCUUUGAGAACCUGUGCAACGUGUGAUUAGUGUCAGAAUCGUGGGGUGUUUGCUGUCACGUUCAGAGUGACUCGAUCACACUUGUAGAAAGAAAUGAAAUGAAGACUGAGGGCAUAUGUAAUUUUAUGUAAGUGGAAAUAAAAUUUGAAAAGAA